AUGUUGGCAGAGAAUCAGAGCUCAAUAACGGACUUUUUCAUUAUGGGAUUUCCAGGACUUCUUCCCCGUUAUUAUGGUCUCAUUGCCACUGUCUUAUGCUUGUUAUAUGUCUUUACUAUACUUGCAAAUGCAAUAUUUCUUGCAAUAUUUAUAACAGACCAGAAGCUUCACAAGCCCAUGUACUUCAUCAUAUUGAACCUGGUUGUGUCUGACGUGUUGUUCAGCACCACCACCUUGCCGAAGAUCAUUGCCAGGUACUGGUUCCAAGCAGGGACCAUUUCAUUCACUGCUUGCUUUGUCCAGAUGUAUUUUGUGCAUUAUUUUGGAUCUGUUAACUCCUUUGUAUUACUAAUAAUGGCUAUAGACAGAUACGUGGCAAUUUGUCACCCUCUUAGAUACUCCACGAUAAUUACAAACUCAAUUAUUUUUAUACUCAGCAUCAUUUCGUGGGUGAUUGCCAUCGGCAGCCCACUGAUGAGUGUAAUUAGGGCAUCUCCUCUGCCUUACUGCUCAUCUAAUGUUAUUGUUCAGUGUUACUGCGACCAUAUUUCUAUCACAACGCUGGCAUGUACUGACAGGGCUGCUUACGCGUAUCCUGCUUUUGCUUCUGCUAUGGUCGUAUUACUGGUGCCUUUAGCAUUUAUCUUAUUUUCUUAUUGCUCUAUACUUGUUGCAGUCUUUAAAAUCGCCACCACCCAAGGUCGCCUCAAAACCCUCUCCACCUGCAGCGCCCAGCUCAUCAUCAUUUCCCUUUACUAUCUCCCUCGGUGUUUCGUGUACAUGGCGAGCAACGUGGGCAUUACAUUCAGCCCAGACUUGCGCAUCGCAGUCAUCAUGAUUUACAGUUCGUUCCCUCCCAUGGUCAAUCCGCUGAUAUACUGUCUACGGACUAAAGAGGUGAAGGAAAGUCUAUUCCAAAGGCUGAAGAAACGAGUAGACAUACAGAAAGCAAACGUGCUGACAUGA